GUUAACUUAUGAUUUUGUUGUCAAAAAAAUUAAAGCAAAUUUUAUAAAAUUUCUUAUUUUUGGUUGUGAUUUCCUAAAAAAUAAAAUAAAAUAAAUAUAUUUUUUAAACUUAUUUUACAAUUAAUACUUGUACUAAAAUGGAGAAAAACACAGCCCAGAGUAAUGAUGAAUCUUGUAUUUCCACUACGGGUACCCCCGUUUCUAACCACUUUUCGGAUACUUUGGAUAAUAAUCUUAAAUACAUAAAUUUAAAUUUUGUAGACAAUUCAGAAUCCUCCAGUCAGGCGAGGGAAGCUUUCCUAGAGUAUCAAAAAUAUCAAAAUUCCAACCAAGAUCAAACUAAACUUCAGAAAUCUUUGCCCAAUAAAAUUUUACCCAGCUCUUUGCCCUUAAAUGGCGUGGAUAAACAUAAACAAGAACAUCAAGGUAUUAACUUGCAAGAAAAAUCUCUUUCAGAAAUGGGCUAUAAAGCGAACGAAGUUGAGGGUUGGGAAAAUAUUAUACAACCGCAAAAGGAAGAUCUAUAUAAGUUGUUGAAAAAUAUGAUAGACAAUCAUAUUAAGCCCAGCGUUCAGAUACGUAUUGGCGAAGUUACAUUCAAUUGUCACAUGAUGGUGCUGCAGUGCUAUUCCGAUUUCUUUAUGGAAUGUAACAAUGAGAUUUUAAUACAAUUGCCUGAGGAAAAAAUCACACCUGCCGCCUUUAUGAUGGUCUACAAUUGGAUGUUGUCCUCCCAGCCUUUAGUACAAAGAGAGGGUAUUUUAGAAUUGUUUAAUGCUGCCAAUUUUUUGUGUAUUAAGGAACUGAUUAACCAAUGUUGGCUGUGUUUGGAUGAUGAUGUGCGUUUUUGUGAGGAUACUGCCUUUAUGUUAUAUUUGGAGGCACGCAAUUAUGGCUUGGAAAGUUUGCAGCAAUUAAUGCUAAUGCGUAUUUGUAAAUUCUUUUUGAGCUUGGUGGCCUCCAAAGAGUUUUUGACAUUAAAUGCCAAGGAGCUAGACACUUUGUUAAGUUCGAAUACUAUAGGGGUAAAUUCUGAAAUUGAGAUUUUCAUGUCCGUAGUAAGAUGGCUUAGUUAUAAUUGGCCGGAGCGUGAACAGCAUAUGUUGGCUGUGGUAAAAUGUGUGCGUUUUAGUUUAAUGCCUCUGUGGUUUUUGGUGAAUUUGAAUAAAAAUCCCGAUUGCAUGGAAAUUGAUAGGAUUACAGAACAUCCUGAAGUUAAGAAAAUGAUAAAUGAUGGCAUAACUUACACCACUACCCAGCUAUACUAUGGUGAAAAUCGUGAGGAAUUCUUACAUUUCCUAGAACGUUAUCAAUUAAUUGCUCCCAUGCAACGUCAAUGGGUCUUCGAUAAGGAAUGCAAGUAUCAUCAUCGUCUCGAGUGUCCAAAUAUGCAGUGUGUUACUUACAAUUCGUUUUUGGAGUAUUUAGAAAUGAUACGUAACAUAGGCAAGGAUUAUUGGCGAUCAUUGGAAAUGGAUAAGGGUGCGGAGAAGUCAAUGCAUUGUUUUUUGUGCACCGAUUGUCGUAAAACAACUGAACCAAAUCUAGCAACAGUAUUUACUAAAAAGAGUCGUGAUCAGGGAAUACAGUGUGCAAGUGGAUUGAAAAGUCGUAAAGGCAAAGUUUUCAACAAAACAAAUUCAAUCCACAACAAUGUUAGUGUAAAAAAAUCUGUACAUCUCACGCCUCGGGGACAUCCAAGGUAUGUGCCAACAUCAACCACCCAAACAAUGAAUUCUAUAAAUAAUGAUAUUACAACGGAAGCGGAAACAACGGUAGAUUUUAAAUAUCCCCCAGAAUCAGAUGUUGAACUGAAUUUCCAUAGACAAGUAGAAGAAGAAAAACAACAGCAACAAGCGGAAACUAUUUUAUAUGAAAACAAUAAUCAACAGCAACGACAACAAAAACAACAGCUAGAACUGCAAACGGAUGUAAAAGAACAACGACAGCACAUCAUCGAUAGUCAUCCCUUGAAGCAUACAUUCUCCAAUAACAUAGAUAAUGAUGAAAAAAUACAUCACCAGCAGCAACAGCAACAUAAACAACGACAACAACGACAUCAGCAAUUGCUGUCAAAACCAUAUCACAUGAAACAACGAAAGAAAAACCGGCAACAACACAAUAAAACACACACAGUUGACAGUUGUUGUACAGUGAUUUAUAAACGUGCCGGUGGUUUAAUGGCUGAUGUUAGCGGUGAUUGUAUCGCAGGACAGCAACAACAACAGCAGCAGCAUCACCAGCAGCUGAAUGAAUGUAUUAUUGGUGAUAAUCAUGAUGUCGAACUCAUGAAACAUAAUAUUGGUCUAGUUAUAGAAACACCAGUCGGUGGUGGCUGCAAUGAUAAUGAAGAUUUAUUGGAAUCUAGAACAAACCAAACAACUUCUACUUUUGUUGAUGAAUUGACAAGAAUUUCAAAUCAAAAAAUACUUGUGUUUGGUGGCAUCGAUCCUUAUUAUUGUUUGCAUUGUCAACAUGUGCAACAGCAUCAUCAUCAGAAGCAGCACCAGCACCAGCAGCAGCUACAACGAUACCAGUCACAAAAACAACAAGAACUACUACAACGGAAACGUGUACUUUCAAUUGAUAGCAUCAUCAUGAAUACUCGAAAAACAACUACUCACUCACAUCCUUCACGUACUCAUCAAAUGCAAACUCGUGCUGGUGCUUAUACUCAAACUCAUGCCACCAACGCUGAUGCCAAUAAAAUUUUGGAAAAUUUUGGCGACCAUGUGUUGUACUAUGAUAUUGAUGCCAUGGAAUGGCGACACUUAUCCCAUAUACCAUUUGGUUCGCGUCAUCAUCAUGCAGUUGUUGUAUGCAAUGGUCUAAUUUAUGUUAUUGGUGGCACGAGGACAGCAUUGGGUUGUACUAAACAGUCGUAUUUUGAGAAAUCAAUUUGGUGUUUUAACCCUCAAACAGUGAAAUGGACUUUGGAAACUAAUCUGCCAGAAUCGCGUAGAGAUUUUGCUGUAAUUGCCAUUGAUACUGAUGAAAACAGGCCGUGCGAUAAAGUUCUACAACAUGGAAGGGGGUUUUAUGUCAUUGGUGGUGAGGGGCUAAAUGGCAGUCCACUUAGUACAGUGUGGUUUUACAAUAUCAAACGUAAAAUAUGGAUAAAGAAACCUUCACUGAAUAUGGGACGUUAUGGCUUAGCGGCUGCCAUGGUAAAUAACGAGAUUUGGGUAGCAGGCGGUAUAAUCAAUGACAAUACUGUUGGCAUUUGUGGCAAUAACAGCCAUGAUGAAACUAUAAAUGCCACAGCAACAGCAACAACAACAACAACAGCAGCACAUGUAAUCACCGAUACAAUAGAGAUUUACAAUUUAAAAUGUACACAUGGUGAAAUAUUGGCCAACAAUCAUACAAAAGGAUUCUCAACCACUAGCAGUUACAAAGGAGAUGGCGAAGCAGGAGCCGGCGAACAAGGAGGAGAUGGAGUUAUUGGGGAUACAAAUAUAAAUUGUGAUAAUGUUAAAAAUUUGAAAAGUAGACCAGGGGUUGUUGCUGACAAUGGUGACUGUAAUGUAGGCCAAUGGAUUAUAUCUAAGCUGCAUUUACGUAUACCCCGACUUUUUGGCAAAUUUUGUAAAAUGUCAAAUGGGCAGCUGUAUUUGGUGGGUGGCAUUAGUUACAAGGACCACCCAGAAGGACUAACAUCCCUGACGGAUAUUGAUGUAUUUAAUGUUGAACAACAUAAAUGGGAACAUGUUGGUGACCUAAAUUUAGCCAGCACUUUCAGGAGCAAAAUUCCUUUUAAUGGCACGCAUAUACACAGACUCAUGCUGAACAACGAUUACUACUAUGUACAUCUAGGCAAAGAAGGAGGCAAAAACUAG